AUGGGUCCUACUAUGGCAAUUACCUUCAACCGCUCCAAAAAUGCAUUUCGUGAACUUUGCAGAAUUUACAAGAACAGUUCUGUUGAGCUACAAAGGCCACCAGUGGUGUAUUUUGUUUCUAAAGAUGGAGAAGAUGAGGACUAUGAGGAAGAAGCUGCAGACGUAGGUGGACCAUUGAAAGAGUUUCUUUCAAUAAUUAUUGCUGUAGAAACUGUGCUUGCUUGUAAUGAGCCUCAAAUUUUUGAAGGCUGUGAGGACCACAAAGUACCUGUCCACUCACAACAGCUUGUGUUAAAUGGGUAUUUUAGAAUGGUCGGACAAGUUAUGGCACAUGCCAUUAUUCAUGGAGAGGUUUGGAUAACAGGAUUAGCUAAACCUGUCAAGGAGUUUUUGUCGACUGGCUGUGCUGAGAGUGCCCAGAAGGUAGUUUGUCUAGAAGAUGUGCCAGAUUUGGAUGUGUGGCAGGUGUUAAAACACAUGGCUGAUGUAGAUGAAAGUGAGAUAAGUAGCCUAAAUUCAGAUGAGAAGGUAAACAACCUGAUGGGCGAGAGUGGCUGCAGUGCUGCAAUCCUGACCAUUCAUAAUGUUGCACAGAUUGCCUAUGAAAUCAUGGUCUAUCAUGUGAUUCAUAAGAGAUUGAGAGAGUUGGAGGAAAUCAGAAAAGGCCUUAACUUGAUGUCUUGGAGCUCAAUUCCUUGCUGUGUGACCAUCCUAAAAUAG